AUGGAGACCAUUAGCAACGUCGUCAAUACUGUCUCUCAGACAGCCACCAAGGCUAUCUGGGGCGAGCAGAACGAGACAGCCGGCAACGAGCCUGUCUCUGGCGUCCAGGGCAAGGGCACCGCGACAGACCCCUUCGACAAGGGCAAUUCCGAAGACCCCACCGAUCCCACGACCCGCAAUGAGACUGCCGGCCAAGAGCCCGUCAGCGGUCUACAAGGCAAGGGAACGGCGACAGAACCGUUCGACCAAGGCAACUUAGCGGACUCUACCAACACUGCCACCCUCCCCAUCCGCGAGAAGUCAUCCACCGAGACAUCCGACGUUGCCUCUUCACUCGCCGUCCGGCCUGACGAGAAUAACACCGCUGGCCUAGCUGGCACCGCGAACCUCUCUGACACUCUCUCCAAGACGACCGGCACAGACCUCAAGACCGACACCGUCUCCGGCAGCAAGAACGAGCCUGGACUCGCAGGCUUCACCAACGACCGCAUUAUCGAUCCCGAAGACAAAUCUCAACUUCCCACCAUAGUCUCCAACGUCACCUCCUCCACCCCCGCCGACUCCCAAAGCGCCGGCAUAACCGGCACCGAGAACCUCUCCGACACGCUCGCGAAGACCAACCCCCCCGUCUCCUCGCCCGUCACGUCGCCCAAGAGCACGCCCGCCCUCGGCCAAGAAGGCGGCGACCCGCUCGGCAGCGCGAAAGGAACCGGCGCGCUCCACACCAAGAGCAGCGGCACCGCCGCCGACGGAGGCGACUUCGACGCGACGAAGCCUGGUGCGGGCAAGGAGGCUGAGCGUACGUCUGAAAAACGGUCCCGCGGGGACUCGCUUCGCGCUGUACUAGAACGUGCUGAUAUGGUGACAGGUCUGAUGGAGAGCAAGGGCGAGAGUGCGAGCAGCGCGGCAACGGACAAGACGGAGACGUCGCCGUCGGGCGAAAAGGAGAAGGUCUCCAAGAUGGAGAAGUUGAAGGAGAAGCUGCAUAUCAAGAAGCACUAG